CGGGCCCGAGAGGUAGAAGAGGCUGCGGCACCGGGACUGACCCGUGCCAAGCAAAACCCAACAUCAGGCAGCCUCCCUGGGACCCGGACCGACCCAGUCAGCAAGAAGCCAAACUAGAACCAUCAAAACCUCGGUCCGGAGAAAGUGUCAUCAGAUCUGAUAUCAACAAAGACAAGCUAGAUAUAUAACUGAAGACAUGGCACCCACUUUGGCAACAGCACACCGGCGCCGGUGGUGGAUGGCAUGCACCGCUGUAGUGGAGAACCUUUUCUUUUCAGCUGUGCUGCUGGGAUGGGGUUCUCUCCUUAUUAUGCUGAAAUCAGAGGGAUUCUACUCCUAUUUAUGUCACUACCCAGAUAACACAACUUAUCAUAACAGCACUGGGAAUGAGACAAACCAGGAAUUAGUAAUGGAUAUGAAUGGAUGGCUCAUUUGUAAGGAGCAGGAUGAGAUGUUAAAUUUGGCCUUUACAGUUGGAUCUUUUCUACUCAGUGCCAUAUCUCUCCCCUUGGGAAUCAUUAUGGAUAAAUAUGGACCCCGCAAGCUUAGGCUAAGUGGAAGUGCCAGUUUUGGGGUAUCCUGCCUAUUGAUAGCAUAUGGAGCAAGUAAUCCUAACUCUCUGUCAGUGCUGAUCUUCGUAGCCCUGUGUUUAAAUGGCUUUGGUGGGAUGUGCAUGACUUUUACUUCGCUUACACUGCCCAACAUGUUUGGUGAUCUGCGUUCAACCUUCAUUGCACUAAUGAUUGGAUCGUAUGCUUCUUCUGCUGUCACCUUUCCUUUCAUCAAGGUUAUAUAUGAUCUUGGUGUGAGUUUUAUUACAAUCCUGAUUGUCUGGGCAGCUUGUGCCGGUCUUGUUUUCUUCAACUGCUUUUUCAAUUGGCCCCUGGAACCAUUUCCUGGACCAGAAGACAUGGAUUAUACUGUGAAGAUUAAGUUUAGCUGGCUGGGCUUUGACCACAAGAUUACAGGGAAACAGUUCUACAAGCAAGUAACCACUGUGGGGCGACGGCUAAGUGUAGGAGGCUCCAUGAAAAAUCCCAAAGAAUUGUCAGCCUUGCAGAACGGAAACAAACUGUGUUUAUCAACAGUAGAUCUGGAGGUUAAAUGCCAGGCAGACAAUGCAGCAACUCCAUCUUUCAUGAAGAGUGUGUUCAGCCCAAUCCUGUUGCUCAGUCUUAUCACUAUGUGUGUUACCCAGCUCCGUCUUAUCUUUUACAUGGGAGCCAUGAACAAUAUCCUGGAGUUUCUAGUAGAAGGAGAUAUGGACACUGUGAUGCACACGGUAAGUCUGUAUACAUCCAUAUUUGGAGUGCUGCAACUUCUCUGCCUGCUAACAGCCCCAGUUAUUGGAUACAUUAUGGACUGGAAGCUGAAGGACUGUGACGAUGGAAAUGAGGACGCAGACGAGAAGGAUACAAAUACAGAUGGAAAGAAAAAGAAGAAACGUGAUCGUCAAAUCCAGAAGAUUACAAAUGCCACAAGGGCCUUUGCAUUUACAAACUUCUUACUGGUGGGAUUUGGAAUUACAUGUCUUAUUAAUAACCUACCCCUACAGAUCCUUUCCUUCAUUUUGCACACAAUAGUCAGAGGAUUCAUCCAUUCGGCUGUAGGAGGCCUCUAUGCUGCUGUAUACCCUUCCACACAUUUUGGCAGUUUGACUGGAUUGCAGUCUCUCAUUAGCGCACUUUUUGCAUUAUUACAACAGCCCCUCUUCUUGGCAAUGAUGGGACCCUUAGAAGGAGAUCCACUUUGGGUAAAUGUUGGCUUAUUGGGGGUGAGCAUGUUCGGGUUCUGUCUCCCACUCUACCUCAUCUUCUACAAGAGAAGCCUGGAGCGGCAAAGAAAACAGAAGAUUGAAGAUUCUAAACUUUACUUGAAAAUCAAUGGCACUCCUGAUCAUGAAGCCUUUGUGUAAAUAAUACCCAAAAAGGCCAGACCACUUUGCUCCUUUCCAUUUGCACUCUGGGAAGGUAUCGUUCCAGCUUAACAAGUUACCAUUUUAGAACAAACUCUCAGUGCUCUAUCCUUGCACCAUACUUCUCAUGGUGCCCUGUCUAGCAAUGUAUGUCAUUACCCUGUGUCAUCAAACACACUUCAGUUUGUGGAGCAACACUGAUCCAGAGGAGUUGAACACUGACCAUUGUAGAAGAGUGUGUUAGCAUUGUUAUAAUAGUAGGUUUGGGUAUUACAUCGAUACCUGCCCAAAUGCUGUAUGGAUUCUCCUGAUCUGAAGUGUUUCUCUCUUUAGACCUUUAGUUAAGGAUGGACAAUUGAGCAGUAAGCCUUGCACAGGCUUUGUAAAGUACUACCACAUGGCAAAGCUGGAGUUUACUACAGAACCGUGUGGACUGAUUAAUUUGGGUGCCCAGCAAAGAAACAGCAAGAGUCAAGAUUUUGGUCUCUGUAAUACAAUAUGAUAAAAUGAACAGACUUUGGAAUAGUUCUCUUUGCUUAUUUUGAUCCAACAUAGCAGUUAAUUAUUUUAACUUUAUUCUUCUCUUGCUUAGAAAGGGUUGUAAUAAAUAGGCAUGACAAAAAAUGAUCUUCUCAUUACUGUACUUGGCACCAGCACUCUAGUAAGCCUAUAAAAUGGCAAAUAGUAACAUAUUGUGCGGCCAUGCUUUCUCGUUUAUAGAACGGGAUAAGGUGCUCUGUUAUGGAAAAGCUGAGAGAUCCAGUUCCUUCUGAUGCUAUAAGGGAUUAACCACCACACUGAUCUUAUGUGAGUCCUAAAUCAGCAGAAUGCAGUGAGGUGCAUGUAUUCCUGUUGUGCCAUAAAAGUCUUCAUGCAAGAGGUUAAAAAAGCGAUUCUGAGCAAUACCUGUUUAUUUUGAAAUGUUUUUGAUAUAUAUAUCUAACAUCGAUAUUUUAUGUUCUUUGCAUGAUUGGAUGAUGUAUUUUUAUAUGGAUGUUAUUUUUUUCUGAGGACUUUCCUUUGGGUGGAGCCAGAGAAACUCGAUUUUGGGACGAAAUCUGCAAAAUAAGAUGGCUGUUCAUUUCAUGUUCCCUUCACCCAUUCUUGGCCUGGAGUUUUCCCAUUUUAACUUUCUUAGCAUUUUCUGUGAAUGCUUUUCUUAGCAUUUCUGUGAUUUGUUUUUUUACUUUCUUUCCAAACAUUAUAGUAUUCACUUUCCUUUUUGUGACUUUACACUUAUGUUUAAUUCUGUCAUAUUCUAUAUCUGUAGAAUUCUGUUGCAUCGUUCUAUUUCUGCUGCUUCACUAUAUUAUCCCUUAUUUAAGCUGUUAUUCUUAGGGGUUUAACAUUACCUCACUCCCAUCAUCCCUAUCUAGUGUCUUUCUGGAUUAAGUUACACAGCUGGCAAAACCCAUAUCUGUGUGGGACCUGACUGAGUGACCUGGGUGAUCUGAGAUGAAUCCAGGAACGCAAAUAAGUCCUUCUUGCACAUAACAGGUUUCAGGAAGUGUAGACUUCCUGCAUAACUACACAAGCAUUCGCUCACUGGCACGGCCUGCAGAACCACAAAUACGCAUUGGAAAAUUUGUUUUCAGGCUGGAGGCAAUUCAGCUCUAAAACAGUAUCUGCCUUUAUGUUUGAUACCAAUCAUCUGACUUGGAAAUGGCCAAAUCCUUCUCACAGUGCUCUCAUGUUAAAAUAGGCAGAGAACUGAGAGGGAAUUGCCAGAAUAUUAGCUGGAAGUAGAGAGCCGUUUUGUUGUAAAUCCCAGGUUAUGUGAUGGCAGAAUGCAUCUUCUGCUGGUUAAUAGACAUUAAGAGGAAAUCUAUAGCACAAAAGCAAUAUAAAAAAGAAAUAUAUUAUAAAUGUUUCCUUUGUUAUGUCUAACAGAAAGUAGGCUUGGAAGAAUAACCAGAAUAAGGUAUCAGUGCUAAAGCCCAGUGCCAGCUCAGUGUAAACUUGGGCACAUCACUGUAUUACACAGUGCCUCAGGUACAAACAGAUUGUAAGCUCUUUGGAGUUUAAUGUAUCGUCUGCCUGUACAUUCUACAUACAGUGAUUGUUGGUACUUCUGAGAAUAAAUCCUUUUUACAUUAAACUACCAUCUGUACUGUGAUAUGGAUAUGG